AUGGCGGAUUAUACCGGAGGCGACGUUGAGGCUGACCACCUCUGCGUUUUGAUACAUGGUCUUUGGGGCAACCCGAAUCAUAUGGCCUCUGUGGCCAGGGCUUUGCGCGCCCAGCACCCACGCGACAAGUUGAACAUCCUCGUAGCGAAGCGAAACGCCGGAUCAUUUACUUACGAUGGCAUCGAACUCGGUGGCGAACGGGCGUGUAACGAGAUCGAGGAGGAACUACAAGCUAUCGAAAGUCGAGGAGGAAAGAUAAAGAAGAUCAGCAUUGCUGGCUACUCCCUCGGCGGCCUAGUUGCCCGUUAUGCGAUCGGCCUUCUUUAUGCGCGAGGUGUGCUGGAUAACCUUGAUUGCAUGACAUUUACGGCAUUUGCCAGUCCAUUCCUAGGAGUGCGCACCCCUCUUCGUGGUUGGGCAAAUCAGGUAUGGAACGUACUAGGUGCGCGUACACUUUGCAUGUCAGGGAGACAACUUUUCGGUAUUGAUAAGUUCCGCGACACGGGAAAGCCCCUUCUUGCGGUUCUGGCAGAUCCGAAAUCCAUCUUCAUGCGCGGCCUUGCCAAGUUCAAGCGUCGCAUUCUCUAUACGAACAUCGUGAACGACAGGUCUGCCGUCCACUACACUACCGGCAUAGCGAAAACGGAUCCCUACACCGACUUGGACAAAGUGAAGGUCAACUACGUCAAGGGAUAUGAGCCUGUUAUUCUGGAUCCGACAAACCCCGUAUCACCCGCGCCACCCAAGCCAAAGGAACCGUUUAUCGCCAACCUGAAGAAAUGGAUAAACAGGGUGCCCUUUAUGCUGGCCGUAGCGGUCUUCGUCCCCUUGGGAUUGGUCGCUUUCUUUAUCAACUCGGCGGUUCAGACCGUCCGAAGUUCCAAGAGAGUUAAGCUGCACGAGAAGGGCCUGGCUGGCAUCAAUGUUGAGAGUUACCGGGUGGACCUAUGGAUCAAGGAAAUGCGCGAAGCUGUCGAACAUGCGUAUGAAGACCUAAACAGCUCUCAAAACCAGGACUAUCUUGGGCUGUCCGAUACCGAUGCCGGCGAAGAGACGGACGAUUCCUCUAACCAGGAGAUAUUGGCGCUCGAGCGCAAGCAAUCACAUCCGCACCAACCCACACUUGCUCUGGCGCCAUAUCAGUUCGCUGCUAUCAACGCGCUGGAUGCAUUAGGUUGGCGUAAGUAUCCCGUUUGGAUUCACAAUGAUCGACACAGCCAUGCUGCCAUCAUUGUGCGGAUGGAGAAGCCUUCCUUUGACGAGGGCAAAGUAGUGCUCAGCCACUGGGUGAACGAGGAGUUUCUGGUUUAA